GCGGCGGCAGCGGCAGCAACGGGCUUGCCGGGCCGGACAGGAGUGGGUCAAAGGCGCAGCCUGAGCCCGCCAUGGAACAGCCGAGGAAGGCGGUGGUGGUGACGGGGUUCGGCCCUUUUGGGGAACACACUGUGAAUGCCAGCUGGAUUGCAGUCCAGGAGCUGGAGAAGCUGGGGCUCGGUGACAGCGUGGACCUGCAUGUGUAUGAGAUUCCAGUGGAGUACAAGACAGUCCAGAGGCUCAUCCCCGCUCUGUGGGAGAAGCACAGUCCACAGCUGGUGGUGCAUGUGGGGGUGUCAGGCAUGGCGACCACAGUCACGCUGGAGAAGUGCGGGCACAACAAGGGCUACAAGGGGCUGGACAACUGCCGAUUCUGCCCUGGCUCCCAGUGCUGUGUGGAGGAUGGGCCUGAAAGCAUUGACUCCAUCAUUGACAUGGACGCUGUAUGUAAGAGGGUUACUACACUGGGCCUGGAUGUGUCAGUGACCAUCUCACAAGAUGCCGGCAGUGUUUGGAUGGAACAGACCCAGGGACACCCUUUGCUCCAGCCUCUGACCACCCUCCAACAUUUUUUCCAGUCACAACCUUCAGAAUCAGCCACUCAGUUAUUCUCGGUCACCGGGACCAGCCAACACCAGUUUUCGAGAUUAACUCCUUAUUACCGAUCAACCAUGAGCUCCCAGAUUCAUCAGAAUUAUUCCACUGAGGUGGAGGCCGCCAUCAACUGCCUGGUCAACAUGCAUCUGUGGGUCUCCUACACCUACCUCUCUCUGGGCUUCUAGUUUGAUCCCGACGAUGUGGCUCUGGAGGACGUGGGCCACUUUUUCCUCGAAUUGGCCGAAGAGAAGUGCGAGGGCGCCGAGUGUCUCUUGAAAAUGCAAAACCAGCGCGGCGGCCGUGCCCUCUUCCAGGAUGUGCAGAAGCCAUCUCAGGAUGAGUGGGGUAAAACCCAGGACGCUAUGGAAGACGUCAUUCUCAUUGAGAAGAACCUGAACCAGGCCCUUUUGGACCUGCAUGCCCUGGGUUCUGCCCAUGCAGACCCCCACCUCUGUGACUUCCUGGAGAGCCACUUCCUAGAUGAGGGUGUGAAACUCAUCAAGAAGAUGGGCCACCUAACCAACCUCCACAGGCUGGCUCGUCCCCAGGCUGGGCUGGGUGAGUAUCUCUAGGAAGUACUCACCCUCGAGCAUGACUAGGAGUCUCUGGAGUCCAGCGGCCUCUGAGGAGCCCCUCUGGCAUCAGAGCUUCUGCCUGAAGCCCGUCUCUGCAGCCACUAGGCAGCUUUUUAACCACCCUGGAGCUCUCUCCCAAGCCUUGGACCAAAUGGAAACAAUAAAACUUUCUGCAGCGGAAAAAAAAGAGUGUGUUGUUUAAUACCCGCGUAUUUGUGAACAUAACAGCUUUCCUUCUGUUAUUGAUUUCUAGCUUUAUUCCAUUGUAGCUGGAGAUGAUUUCAGCCUUUUAAAAUGUAUUGAGAGUACACCUGUAACUUAUAUAAUAUUGUACGUCAACUAUACUUCAAUAAAAAAUAAAAUUAAAUAAAUGAUGCCAAAAAAUGUACUGAGAGUUGCUUUUU